AUGGGCGUCCCAAUCACGGAGGAAAUGGCGCCCUCUUCGUCUUCCUCGGACACCGGACCGUCACCACCUACGGUUCACACCGUUCCAAAGCUGCUCACUCCCGCGGCAAGCCUAUGGCUCCAAUCUCGUUCCCUGCCCGGCCAGGACAAGAAGUACCGACGGACGGGCGAGGACCGGCCAAUCACGCUCGAGAACCUCAGGAUAGCCCUUCGCCUGCUUCGACUAUCAGUUCCGCGUUGUAUCGCGCUCUUCACGACUGGCAUGGAGGUGCGAGUGCUGGCCGUGCUGGCGGAUCGUCUGGCGGGUUGUAUCCUGCCCACCAUGAGUAUCUGGGCAUACAGCCGUAUGAUGGACGUAGUGCAGAAGAGCUUGGCGGGCGAUCUUGUCGAUGAGAUAGAAGUCAUCAGGGUCGUCUUUGUUGCCAUGAGCUGCACGACGGCGUACGACAUACUGCGGUACAUCCUCAGCGAGAAUGAUGCUCGGGUCCAGGCUCACGUAGACAAUGCCCUCGAGAGGGCUUAUCUCGCCGCUCAACUCUCCCUCCCCAUCUCCGCCACCACCUCACCCUAUUUCAGCGCCCUACUGCACGAAGCUGGCAUCUUCAGCGGACACGAGCAACGCAUCACUCGAGGCGCGGUCGACUGGCAAUUCCCCGUACCGCAUAUUUCUGCCUCAUGA